UCGGCUGCGGCCGCCGCUGCCCGGGGCUGGGAGAGUGGAAGCGGGAAGCCCCCGGGAGCGGGGGAGCAGCGGGAGGCGCACAGAGCCACAGCAGGGAGGAGGCCCGGCCCUGGGGGCAAGUCAUUCCCCUUCUCUGGCCUCCGUUUCCCCGUCCCUCCAAGGGACCUGGGAUUGGGGCUGUUUGCUCAGACGCUGGCUUCUGUGAGGGUGUCCUCCGGGGUCUGGCUCCCAGGGCCCCUCUGAAGAGCGUGGGUGGGAAGGGACCAUUUACUGAGCACCUACUACGUGUCAGGCGCCGUGCUAAGCGCUUUGCAAACAUCUCACCUGAUCCUAACAACCUGGGAGUCUCUUCCAGCACAGAAGAGGUGAGCACAGGGCUUCCCGCCAUGGCCGCCCCAGUGCCUUUGGUCUGCAGCCAGACUGUGAGCAGGGUGAGCUCUGUACUCAACCGGGAUGUGAAGCAGUUCGGAAAGAAGAAUCUAUUUGACGAGCAGGACGAGACCUGUUGGAAUUCUGACCAGGGCUCCUCCCAGUGGGUGAUGCUGGAAUUCCCACAACCUGUCCGAGUGUCUCAGGUGCAGAUCCAGUUCCAGGGGGGGUUUGCAAGCCGCCAGGGCCGCUUGGAAGGUGGUAGGAAGAGCGAGUCCCUGGAGAAGAUUGGGGAUUUCUACCCCCAAGACAACAACUCCCUCCAGAGCUUCCCUGUAGCAGAUGUCACACUGGACAAGCUCAAAGUAACUUUUGAAAACAGCACUGACUUUUUUGGCCGGAUCGUCAUCUACCACCUGCGGAUUCUUGGGGAGAAGCUGUAAGCAGCUUCAGUUCGUGGACCCUGCCUGCUUCCUAGACCAGGCAGGAGGCCCUAGGAGAGGCUGCUGGAAGGACAGCAGAAGCUGCACCUGGCUCUGGGCCAGGUGGCCAGGAAGUAGAAAGUUCUGGUUUGGGUGAACCAGCCUGGUCCCAGCCCAUCUUCUGGACCUGGGAAUAGAAUCUCAGAAGGAAAGAGCCUCAGAGGUUUGGUUUAAAACCUUACAGGAAGCCAGUCUUGAUUAGAAAACAACAUUGUCAAGACAACUUUGAAAGACUUAAGAAUUCUUAUGGUAG